UAUCGUGAUGCGUCCUGGGUAAAUUUAAUGGCGGUCAAAGUGGGUCAUGAUUCGGAGAGUUUUUAGUUCUUUCUCAGUUUUAAGACCAGAAGGCUCGGUAUUAUUCAGUAAUAAUCAUUUCGAUAAAGGAGAAAGGCUCUUUCAUACCACAAGAUAUCUUAAAAAAUCAGAGGAUACUGGAGGAUAUUAUAAAUUUACAGGACCAGUUCCUCAAGAUCGUCUAGAUAUUAAAUUUGCUCGUAGCUCAGGCCCUGGGGGACAAAAUGUUAACAAAGUCMACACAAAGGUUGAAAUUCGUUUCCAUGUUGAAACUGCAGAAUGGAUCCCAGCAGAUGUAAGAACAAAGCUUCUACAAAGGGAGAGAAACAGAAUCAAUAAAAAUGGAGAGUUAGUCCUAACUUCAACAAAGUUUCGUUCUCAACAAAAGAAUAUUGAAGAUGGAGUGUCAAAAAUCUAUACUUUGAUCAAAGAGGCUUCUUUCGUACCCAAGGCAACCUCAACUGAACAAAAGCAACAUGUUCAGAGAUUAGCAAGAAGAUUCAAUGAGAGACGGUUGGCAGAAAAGAAGUUCUCUUCAAUGAAAAAGCRAGACAGAAGGGGAGAUGAUUAAGAAAAACAGAAUCAUUAGACUACCAAAUUGUGGUCCACAUAUUCCAUCAAUAAAGCACAGAAACGAUCUUCCAUAGAUAAAUAAUAAUAUUGUAAAUAAACAUGCUUUUGCACAAAAUUCCAGUUUUAAAAGAAGCUGGAACAAGAAUACAUGCAUCUAUAUUAAAUUAAAAGGUUCUUACAAAAAAGUUGUAUAA